AUGGCCGUUCCCACUCAAGCUCAUCAGGCUGCCGAUCCUAAUUAUGUCGAUCUCUGCCCAUAUACUUCGCGAAAGCAUUGUCGACAGCAGUCGCAAGCAGGUUGCACGAAGGUCCAUUACAAGCCGGACAUUCAACCCCACACGGAUCUGUCGCUGGGGGAUUGCAGUUAUCUGAACACUUGUCACAGGAUGGAUACUUGCCGUUAUUUACACUGGAUGGUCGAGGAUCCAUUAGCUUUCCCGAUUCCCCCACCACCUCCUGACAAGGAUGCUUUGAUUCAAAGUCAAGCGGCUUCAAGUUCGAAACUUUUCCCGCCUCAAUGGGUCAAUUGCGAUCUGAGGCACUUGGAUGUAGGCAUUCUGGGCAAAUUUAAUGUCCUCAUGAUGGAUCCACCCUGGGAUAUUCACAUGAGUUUACCCUACGGCACUAUGACGGAUGAUGAGAUGUUGAAAAUGCCGGUCCCAUCUCUGCAAGAAUCUGGUGGUUUAAUCUUUGUCUGGGUCACGGGUAGAGCACUCGAAUUGGGCCGGGACUGUAUGAGGACAUGGGGGUAUGAACGGAUCGAAGAGAUCGUCUGGGUUAAAACCAAUCAGUUACAACGAUUGAUCAGGACCGGCCGGACUGGGCAUUACUUAAAUCACAGCAAAGAACACUGCCUUGUUGGAUUCAAACGACCUGCUGAUAAAGUUGGAGAAGGAUCAAUGACAAAGGAAGAGAUUCGAGAGGCUCUGAGUUGGGUCAAGAGUGGAAUCGACACGGAUGUGAUUGUGGCCGAGGUCAGAGAAACAUCCCGUAAGCCAGAUGAGAUAUAUGAAAUGAUUGAACGGGCUUGUCCCGGAGGAAGGAAACUGGAACUCUUUGGAAGGUCUUACAAUUUUAGACCAGGAUGGAUCACGCUGGGUAAUCAGUUGGAAACUGAUUGCUUAUACGAACCUGAAACGGUCGAAAGAUUCAACAAGAUAAGUACCCCGAAAGACAAAUUAAACAAGCUAUCCUACCACCUUCCUAAUGCUUUAAAUCUAACCGAGAACCCACUAUACUGGUCUGAAUAA